UUAUUAUCACCAGCCCAGCAACCGAACCGACACACGCUUCCCCACAACCCCGCUGAGCCUUUUUUUUAUUUAUGGAGACAGCUCCAGAGAGUCAGGCAGAGUCGGCUGGUGGGCGUGUCGUACUUUCCAGGAGGCGUGCCCGGAUUUACAGCUCCGCCCCGUAGUGCUUGAGCAGGUCAGGCUGUGGGUGCAGUUAGACGGCUUGGGGCGGCUGUACAGUGAGGAGGGAGGCUGGGAGAAGGCUGCUACUCGGCAGCCCCGGCGACAUCAGCGCAUCGUGCUUAUACACAGUGGGAGCUGCCAGUAUCCUAUACCAGAGAGCACAGGGUUAAAUGGACCUUCAGUGCCCGGAACAGGGCAGUGUGACACCUUCCAGCUGCUGCACCCAUUGGCAUCAGAUCGGAGUAUGGGGAACACGGCGCACAAAACCUUGCCAGACACCAGCCAUCAUAGCCGUACAGGUGCCAAUAGGCCUUGCUACACAUUUCUUCACUGUGGCCAGGAAAGAAGACUCGUCCUCUCCCGAACAGAGUCUCCUCGCUUCCACUGCCAAGCCAAGGGCAAAAAUAUCCGCCUGGACACUUAUGGAAGGAAAGCCAUCCGGCGCAACAGCUUUUGUAAUGGAAUAACUUUUACUAGCCGGCCCAUCCACUUGUAUGAAAAGGUCCGCCUGAAGUUGGUGUCUGUACACCAUGGAUGGAGCGGGGCACUACGUUUUGGGUUUACUAUACAUGACCCUGCUCAAAUGAAGCUAGAAGAUAUACCUAAAUAUGCUUGUCCUGAUUUAGUUACCCGACCAGGGUACUGGGCUAAAGCUUUACCGGAAAGGUUUGCUCAGCGGGACAAUAUCCUGGCAUUUUGGGUUGACAGACAUGGAAGAGUCUUCUACAGUGUCAAUGAUGAGGAGCCCGUAUUAUUUCAUUGUGGAGUGAAAGUCUCCAGCCCUCUGUGGGCAUUGAUUGAUGUAUAUGGUAUCACUCAAGAAGUUCAGCUACUAGAUAGCAUGUUUGCAGAUACAAUGGCCCCUAGUCGCCUCAGCAGUCCCCGACUUAGUACAUGCUUGCCUCAAACCAGCCAUGAUUCUGCUAACUUCAACAACAAUGAACUGGAGAACAACCAGGUGGUAGCCAAAAUUGCUAACUUGAACUUGGGUCGUUUACCAGCACCAACAGAUAAUCAUUCUAUACCCUGUUGCCCAAACAGAAGGCAACGAGCACAGGGUAUUCCCACACUGUUGGACAUGGAACUUCAUUUUCAUCCUACACGGGGUGCUGACAUCACCCUUUCUCCGGACAGAACAGUGGCAUUUACUAACUGGCAGGAGAGUAAUAGGACGAUAGUAUUCACAGAGCGGCCAGUCCAUAUAGGCGAGACUCUCUUCACUGAGACUAGUCAACUGCCUCUGCCUUACUAUGGCUCCCUCUCAUUUGGUAUUACUUCAUGUGAUCCAAGCACAUUACGGACUUACGAUCUCCCAGCCAACCCUGAUUAUCUUUUGGACAGAAAGGAGUAUUGGGUCGUUCACCAAGGGCUGUACACACUGGGCAAUUGGGAUAUCCAUAGCUUUUCACUUCUGCCCAAUGGCGAAGUUCACCAUGGUAUUAACGGGAACAAUCGUGGAAUGCUGAUGUGUGUAGACACCUCCCAGCCUUUGUGGAUGUUCUUCUCUGUUCAAGGCAUUAUCAACCAGAUAAAGAUUAUGGGUACUGUGCAGUCCAGUGUUCUUUCUCCCUCUGGCUCACCAAGUGGUUCCCCGUAUGACAGUGAUUCAGAUAUGGCCUUCAGUGUAAACCGGUCCUCUUCAGCAUCUGAGUCUUCAUUAGUGACUGCUCCAAGUUCCCCACUGAGCCCUCCUGUGUCACCCGUCUUUGCCCCUCCCGAACCACAAGGAAACAAAGAUGGAGAAUGCGCAGUCUGCUUUGACAAUGAGGUUGAAACAGUCAUCUAUACUUGUGGUCACAUGUGCCUCUGCAGUAGCUGCGGUUUGAAGCUCAAGAGGCAGGUUAAUGCCUGCUGCCCCAUUUGCCGGAGAGUUAUAAAAGAUGUCAUCAAAACGUAUCGUCCUUAAACAUUUCCCCUUUAUACAGGGGCCUCGUGUGGACCUUUUAUGUGACUUUUCUAAAGGUGUUAAAUCAGGGAUUGUCCGCUCAUGGAAACCAUACUUUUUAAUUUGGCUUUGGAAUUAAAUAUAAGGGUUUAAGUCUUCACUGCCUAAUCAGUUCUCCCCAUCUUUCUCCCAAUGGCUUUUCCAGCAGAUAUCCAGGUGAUAGCACGUGGCCAAAUUUGGUGCAUAUUCUCAGGGUUUCAACAUGUCCAAACAUUCUUUUCCCCAAAAAUGAUAAAUUAUUUUGUGAGAAAAGCAAUAGGCUGAAAAAUAUCAUCAAGUGAGAAAAGUUUCUAGAGUCUUUUCACAUCAGACCAUUUGCACCUGGGGCCAUGGUCAUUGCCAAUACUUGAGUUUUGUAUUUAAGGCAGUACCAGCAGUAAAAAGUAAUUUGAGAAUUAUCAUCCUGUAAAAUGAUAAAUAUAGGGCCAUGUCCAUUGCUUGGCAGUGGUUAUUGCUAGAAUGGCUUGGCACACAGAGUAUGUAUAAAAAGGUUUAUUAACAUGCUGCCUUAGUUUGUGUUGCACUGGCGAUGUUGCUGGUGGGGUUAAAAAGGUGCUUAUGUCUCUCACAAUUAUCAUUUUGGGCAGUUCCAUAAAAAGAAAAAACUACAAAAUACCCUGUAUAUUUAUAUAUAUAUAUAUAACAGUUAUUUCAUGUAUUGACAACAUUCAUUUAAAAUACAGGAUUAAAUUCAUACACCCCUAUAUUAACCACAGCACAGCUGCAACUUUCUGUAGCCCAGCACUUCUUUAUUGCUGUGAUUUCCCUUCAGAAAUGUCAUUUGCUGUUUAGUACCCACAUUAUACCUGUAUAUGCACAGUGUAAUCUCUAGUAAUCUAAGAAAUAAUAGAAAAGAAUUCAGUUGGCAGUUGGUUGUUGGGACCUGUAGUUUCACAAUAGCUUUUCUGCCAGAGGAUACCUACUGCUAAUGUGCUUUCAAAUACAUUUCUGGGCUAAUCUGAUGAUUCCAUACUGGCCAUCCUUAAUUCUAAAUGAACUGCAACCUGUACAGAGCCACUAUCAACUAUACAGCAGUUGCUGAAAAGUUGCUGAUUUGUUUAUCCAGGCUUUAACUGGAAUCACAUUUCUUUUCUUGUGUUUGAGAAGAGAGGAAGACAUCCCAGUCCAGUAUAGCUUACACUGUUAUAGGUGCUAUUCCUUUUCUGUUUUUUUCAGGUAUUAACCAGUUUUUAAACCAUAAAAUCUUAUGGAGCCAACAGUGUGAACUGGAUGUUUCUGUACAUUUUUAACACUGUAUUAAUGUUACCAGGCUCUACAGAAAUAUGUUUUAUGUACUCCCACAGGCAGGAGCAUCUCUCAACAUUUCCUGAUAUAGUCACAUUCAUUUGUCCGGUGGGGGUAACUAUUUGCCCAAAGCAGAACUGCUCAGCAGGAGUUUGCUUUGAGCUGCACUACUAAGGACAAACAGGGUUCAUUUUUAGAAACUUGCCAUUUCUUGGCCAGCAUAAUGAGAUAGACUACAACAUUAAACCAGAAGUCCAGGAGGAGCUUCUUUCACAAAACAGUAUUGUAAUUCCAGAGGGACAUUUAAAUAUUGGACUGUGUGAAGUCAUGGUGUAAAUGAGACUUCUUGUUGUUGAUGUGUCUAAGUAGGAACUUUUUGUAGGUAGCUCUGUGUUCUUGUGUGUUCUGUAGUUGAUGUUUUAUAAUAGAAGCCCCAGUGAGUUUAGUUCUGGCAGUGGCUUUUUCAGGCAAGAAGAUAUAAGAUAGAGAGGUGGUUGUGCAGUAAGUUUAUGGGGAAAGAAGAGAUUUGGAAUGAAGCAUGUGAAUUGAAGCUAGCACAAUAAAGCUGUUCCAAGAUGGCAGCUUAAUAAGGGAAGCCAUUGUAUCCCUACAGCUCCUCUAUGGUUACUUUCUGCUGGCUGAACGGAAGUCUACUUUGAAAAAUAAUGAGCAGUUUUCACGCCCACUUGAAGAAAUGAUAACAGACUGAAAACAUUUUCUCAAACUAGGCAAGACUUGUUUCAUUGAGGAAUAUUCUCCACUCACUUUCAGUCUAUAUAGAUUGAUUUACACAACCCAACAGAGUAUUUUUGAGAAAUGACACCAGCAUUUAAUUCAGCUGGAUAUAGAUAUACUAAGAUUAGAUCAUGAUGAAAGUAUUCUCCAAUAAUCAAACAUUCACAAAUGUCCAUAAAGGAGAAUGGCAAAUGUUAACUUUCUUUUUAAUAUGGGCUUUACUUUGUUUGCUGAAUUUCGCUUAGUGAGGGGAACUACUUUUACUGUUGCUGCUUUGUGAUAGCUGUACCUAGAGAGUUGUUUUCUGCUGCAGCUGCUACACUUGUCCAUUAAUGAUCAUUUUCUUCUGCCCAUUUCCCACCAAUGACAUUAGACCAUGCCCUCUAGUCCACUAACUCACAACUCUUGCUAGAUUCUUAAAAUGGGGAUUUUAACACUACAGUAGGCCUAUGAAUGGAGAUAUGGAAGUUUAUGGCUAGGCACUAGAACAAAGAAGUCUUAUCCAAGGCUGAAUUUUUUUGUAGAAGUUAUUGAAAAUAAAACAAGGGGAAACAUAUUAUAAAGUCAUCUCUUAAUAUCCCCAAUAGACAAAUGUAACAAAAAAAAUAUAGCUUUUAGAGUUCAAAUAUGAUCAUAUUACAUUUUACCUUUAAUGGCAUAUAUUGCAGAUUUAGCCAUUUAUACUGUACAAAAUAGCGGAGCCAUAUUAUUUUAGGUUAAGUUUGGAUUGGCUGUAAAAACCACUUUACAUAAUUUUUUACUCAUUGUUAAUAAUCUGGCAAAUUUGAGUAACAUGGACAAGUAAUAGAUAUAUGACAGUAUAGGAGGUAACUGUGCUUGGUUACCUAGCAAUGUAAAUGUUAUAUAGUGUUUAAUGUGGAUCUUAGUGAAGGAAAUAUACUUGUAAAAUAUAUUUAAAUUAUUUAUUGAUCUCCCGUGUUUCCCCAUUUCUCCUUAACAUUGUAAUCACAAGUUUAUUAUGGAUUUUUUUUUUUUAAUUUAGAAGUUUUUGCUAAACAGUGCAUUGUGGGUAGGCCACACCAUGUGAUGGGGAUGUGAUAGUAGUCUGUUAUUUUGAAGCAGAGCACAUUUACACACAAUUUAUCAUAUCUUUAGUAACAUGGCACUGACUUGGAGACACAGUAUGUGAAAAGCUGAAAUUCAGUUCUGUUGUAUUUGGUUGUUUUGGUAUUAUUGCUAUAUUAGAUCCUCAGACCUAAGAAUUUCCAUUUGUGAUCACUGCGUUGCUUUCGGAAGUGUCCUAUACAGUGUAUUGUAUUCUGGAACACAUUGAAACUUUAAGGAAUUGUGGUAAAAAUAUCAGGGACUCCGGCUCAUAAGGCUUUUCCGAAGAGACCUCAGGAUUUUUUUUUAAAGUAAGGUUGGCACAACAACGGUGCCUAAUAGAGCUGUACUCUGUAUAAUAAUCACCUCUUCUUAAUGGUUUCCACUCUUCUGAUUUGCUGGAGUUUUAAGCCAAUCAAGUUUUAUAAGGAUAAGUAAACUAUUGAUUAUGGGAAUUAAGGCAUAAUGUUGCUGAAUGCACGCUUUGCUUUGGGAGAACUGAAACUGCAAGGAUGCAGCCCAAAAUGGUGGUAGCAAUUUGUAAAAAAAAUAUUUUCAGUUUUUUUUUAUAAAGAUUAUAGCUUUCUCAUCUGCCGAUACAUCAUACACUGGAAGACAUGGUGCAUCAGCAGAUGAAUUUUUCAAAUUGCCCAAUCCAUGAACCACUAUCCACGGUACAAAGUUAUUGGUCUGGAUUGUCUGGCCACCAUACCUUAGUGACCUUUGUAUAUAAUACAAUUGUAUUGGUAAGUGUAUGACAAGUUUACUAACAUGGGCCUGGCAGUUAGGAAUGCAUAGGCAUUACAUUAAUGGUGGCACCAUCUCUUUGGCUAGGGAUAUCCAACAACAUAUUCUAAAAGCCACGGGGAGUUCAGCCAGAUCUUAAAGGUGUAUUGCUAAGAGCUGGAAAACCAUUGUUAUAGUAUUUAUAAUAGUGAUAAAUAUAUAAAAUGUGAUCAGUUUAACUGAGGUUGGUUAGGAACAGGUUCUAUAGUCUUCUGUAGGUAAAAUACAUAGUAUUACAUAUCAUCCAUGUGGUUUGAUCCACAGAAUACAAUGAAACCUACUGACAGCCAGUCACUCUUAGGGCGAAACACAGAGCUACUAGUAGCAGCUACUUGUUACGGCUACUAAAAUAGACAAUGCUGAUCAUUUACUGAUAACUGUCUCUACGUGUGUUUUAGCAGAGGCAAUUCUCAGUAGCCAUGAUACGUAGCUGUUACUAUGUAGCCCCAUGUGUCUUCAUCCUUAUGAUUUAACUUUUUGGGGUUAUCAGAGUCUUGGAUAGGUUGUGCCUCCACUUUGCCAAGCCAAAUCUAAGCAGGUAUAACGUUUCCUGUCUACAGCAAACGUCCCUGUAAGGUGUACUUAAUCCUUCUCCGCUUUCCAGAAAGACAAUCGUUUGUACAAUUAAUGUCAUUCUUUGUAACUUAGAAGCUUAUAAUGGAAAGGUAAAUGAUUUGUAUAGCAGAUGUCUGUGCCUUAAUAAGGGUGUUUGUGCACUUUUUAUAUUCAAACAAAAGAAAAAUCUAAAAAAAAAAAUAAUGACACAUUACAUGUUAGUUUUAUAUAAUUACCACUGGUAACUGCUUUUUGAUAUUUGAGUGAAAACUGUAUAUUUCACAGUUUAUUUUUUCCCUCAGAAAAACAAACAAAAAAAAAAACAACUUUUUUGAAUGAUGUUUGGAAAAUGAUCUUUGGAAAAAAUCCUGUUGAAUUCUGGUUCAUGACUGUGAUGACUGUGAUAUCUGUGCUGCCUUGUAAGCUUAAAGGAGCCCGCAUAAACGGCUCCCGGUUUUCUUUGCACUUUGUUCUCCAUGAUUUUGUGUCGUGAUUGUGAUACUUUUGUCAUUGUAUAUUUUUCUCUGUUUUGCAUCAGUACCAUUACUUUAGUUCAAAUACAAAUAAAAAAUUAAGCCUGUUAAACU